UACUGUUUCCUGCCUAUACUGGUCUACCUUAAAGGUUUGUUUUUAUACAUUACACGAUUGAUAAGUAAAGGGAAACAAGUCGAAGAAACACGCAGCGGUAUCAAGAGUUGAAGUGAUUUUAGUAAAUGCCACAUCUUUAAGGAUACAUGGAAUAUUAUAUGUUACAAUUACCGAACAUUUCUCCCGCUGUGUCGAUGAAUUAAAUAUGGAAAGCAACGCAAACAACCAAAAAUUGGUGCACGCAGCAAAAGAUGACAAAUUGACGGAAACUCAUUCGAGCGAUGAAAAUGUAAAGAAACAACCGCAAGACGAAGAAAAUUCUAGUCACAUCUUCUGUGAUCCAUUGAAAAUCCCAGAUAGCAAUACCACUGAUUCCAUAUUUAAGAAACCUAUCACGACAACUGAUCCUCAGCGUUCAAAAUGUCAAGAUAAACAUCUUAAAUCAUCCACACCUUGUACCGAUGAAAAGGAUCUGCCCUUUCCUUACGUGGAACCAUCGUGGGGAGGAAAGCCAGAGAAAAAUUACAAACUAGAGGUAUUGAAAUCUGGAGUCAUCGUAGAGACAAUUUCGCUUGAGGAACAAAGUUUUCAUGUUGUCGGGCGCUUACCAUUAUGCCACAUAUCUUUGGCGCAUCCAACUGUUUCUAGAUAUCAUGCGGUUCUACAGUACAGAAAGAAAGAUGACAAUGAAAAUUCCAAAGGUCUUUACAUUUACGAUCUUGGCAGUACUCAUGGUACUUUUUGGAAUGGAAAUCGCAUAAAAUCUAAUGUUUACGUAAGAGUAAGAGGAGGCCAUAUGCUUAGAUUUGGAUGUAGCCAAAGAAAAUUCAUUUUGCAAGCCAUUUUGGACGACGUAGAAGAAGAAUCUUUGUAUACGGUAUCGGAACUGAAGGAGAUGAGAAUGUUAGAAUUGGAAAAAUCACGGUCCCAUGAAAAUCUGAGCAUGUCUAAAGAAGAUAACGAGAACGAUGGUAUCGAUUGGGGUAUGGGUGAGGAUGCCAACGAAGAAACGGAUGUACAAGAAAAUCCUUAUGCUUCUAUCGGCGACGAUGAUUUAGUUUUGGAUGAUCCUAAGAAAACAUUAAGAGGAUGGUACGAGAGAGAAGGUUACGAUUUACAAUAUAAAACUGAGGAUAAAGGACCCGGUAGAUUCCUCUGUUGGGUAGAUCUACCCAUAGAAGACAUUGUUGGUCGAUCUUUGAAAGUGGAGGCUCUCGUCAAAGGGAAAAAGAAAGAAGCUGUUGUACAAUGCGCCCUCGAAGCCUGUAAAAUUUUGGAUAAAUAUGGAUUAUUGAGACAAUCGCAUCACGAAGCUAGGAAGAGAAAAACAAGAAAUUGGGAAGCCGAAGACUACUAUGAUUCGGACGAGGACAACUUUUUGGAUCGAACAGGAUCCAUAGAAAGGAAACGUGAACAAAGAAUGCGUCUGGCUGGUAAAUUAGAAGAAAAGGUGGAAACAUAUGAUUCCUUGCUGGAGAGGCAUACAAAAGUUGUAAAGCGCAUCUCGUAUUUAACGGACUCGAUUAAAAAUUGGCAACAUGAAAAUAAUACUAGAAAGGAAACACCGGAAGAAGACGCGUUGGAUGCUUUUAUGUCGAGUUUGAAUUCGUCGACGUUGUCCAGAAACGACAUUGCCAAAAUGAAAUUAGAAUUACAGUCUCUUCGCAAAGAAGAAGCGGAUGUAAUUAAAUUAUUAAAUCUGACACGACCGGCAAAUUUACCGGCUCUUAUUCAACAAGAUGUAACAACGACGACGACGACGACGACGACGACGACGACAACAACAACAAUGAUAGAUCCAGUGUCUAAUCGCGUUAAAACAAAUUUACAAGAGAUGUCGAAAGCGAGUAAAAUCCAACGUUCCGUACUUGAGCGUAGAAAGCAAGAAAAACCAGACAGUACGUCGUCGAAGAAAAAUAAGAAUCGAUUGGUGCCGCGGAUGACGACCGAAAAAGAAAUGGAAGCCGAAUCCGAAGAAGAAUCCGACAGCGAAGACGAGAAGAAGGACGAAUCUGCUGCUGUUACCGUUACUGCCGCUACUACCAUUGAUACUCGUACUCCUGCCUCUGCUGCCAACACCGUCGAUAACGAUAACAGGAUAGUUGGGGCUGUUGCUGGUGCUGCUGGUGCUGCUGCUGCUGCUGCUGCUGCUGCUGCUGCUGCUGCUGCUGCUGCUGCUGCUGCUACAGAUUACGAUGCUAUUUCUACACUCGAUAGAAAUGAGUUUAAGGGAGAAAAUAAGAAACGAAAAGGGGAAGGAAUAGGGGCAAUGAAAAGAGAUGGGCAAAUGCGUAAAAAAGUUGUAUCUUGCGAUCAAGAUGUUUAUGCCGAAAAUUACUCCAUGUGGACUCCUCCGCAAGGACAAAAGGGAGAUGGAAAGACGAGUCUUAACGAAAAGUAUGGGUAUUGAAAUAAACACAUUUUACGACGUAAUACGAUCGUAACGUGUUUUCGAUCAUUUCGAUGUACGAUACUGUACUGUACUGUAAAUAUAUUAAAUUCUUUUUUGUAUUAGU